GAAGGGGUGCCGACCCGUUCGUUAACCACGCUAGUCCGAAAAAGACUUGAAGAGUUAUGACACAAAAUAUUGUUGUUCAUCCACCUCUUCAAGUUUGUGACGCUUGUACCUAUUCAGAUAUAACCCGAUAUUUUACUCGCAAACUUACGUUGGAACUCGAUGUCGACCCAUUUCAGCGCCAUAUUCGCGGUGUCGCUCGCAUCGUUUUGGAGUGUCUAAGGAUGGAUGCAGAUGCACCUAUAACUUUGGACAUUCGUGGUUUGAAGAUAGGAAACGUAGAAAACACUACCACCAGAAAGCAGUUAGAUUUUAUAGAAGUGAAAGGAGGCAAAUUUGGAGACAUUUUGAAGAUUUUCUUGGAUAUGCCAGUGGCGCAAGAACAUUUGAUUGAAAUUGCUGUUACUUAUGAAACUAGUUCGGAGGUGGAAAAGCAUCCAGCUGGUUCCUGUUGUGGCUGGUUGAGCCCUGAACAAACUGUCAGUGGCAAAUCGCCGUAUUUGUUCACUCAGUCGCAACCCAUUCACGCAAGAUCUUUAUUUCCUUGCCAGGAUUCGCCAAGUGUAAAGGCACCCUAUCUUGCUACGGUAUCUGUGCCUGCAGGUUUUAAAGCUAUCAUGAGUGGCAUACUUGUCAAUGAAAAGGAACAUUUUGAGACGGCAAAGGGAAAACUUCAAAAUAUUUAUCGCUUUGAACAAUCUAUUCCAGUACCUUCCUAUUUGGUCUCAUUAGCCGUUGGUGAUUUCGAAUCUCAAGAACUAUCGGAACGCUGUCGUAUUUGGUCGGAACCGGAAAUAAUUGAAAGUGCUUGUUUUGAGUUUGGAUCGACAGAACAAUUUCUUAAAACUGCAGAGUCGAUUGCAGGCUUUUAUUUGUGGUCGAGAUAUGAUUUAUUAUGUCUUCCUCCUUUUUUUCCAUACGGGGGCAUGGAAAAUCCAUGUUUAGCUUUUGUUACUUCCACUCUCCUUGUUGGGGAUCGUUCUCUUGUAUAUGUUAUUAUCAAUGAAAUUGCUCACUCUUGGAGUGGAAAUUUAGUAACUUGUGCAAGUUGGGAACAUCUUUGGUUGAAUGAUGGUAUUGCAACUUACCUUGCCAGGAAAAUUAUUGCCCGUGUUUUGCAUAGUCAGAAUCCCAGUCGUGCGAAAGUGGAUGCCUUUUUUGGUUUAGAAGCGAGUAUAGGUCGAGAUGCUUUACAAGAAGCUAUUCAUUUUUAUGGCGAAGAGCACAAUUAUACUCGUCUUGUUCCUAUUGUCCAUUCACAAUUUGAUCCAGAUGACUCUUUUAGUGUUAUUCCUGCCGAGAAAGGUUUCAAUAUGUUGUUAAAGUUGGAACGUGAAAUUGGUGGAGAAGAACGUUUGCUUCGUUUUCUUCGUUCUUAUUUUGAGCAUUUCAAGUUUCAGAGCAUCACGACGGAUGAAUUUGUUUCCUAUUUUUCUGAAUAUUUCGAUGCUCUAUUUCCUGAUGCCAACUUUGACUCCCAAAAUCGCAUUGAGCUCAGUAACUUUGAUUGGAAUACGUGGUUAUAUGGUACUGGUGAACCACCGGAGUAUGCAAGUUUCGAUUUGAGCUUAGUGAAUCAUGCACGUCAAUUGGCACAACAGUGUUUAGAUACCCAAUGUGAGAUGCUCACUUGGCACGAUGUUGAGGAAUGGGAAACAACCCAGAUGGUUGUAUUUUUAAAUCAUCUACUUGCGAGUGAUAAGCUUACUUACGAAGCUGUAAAGAAACUGGAUUUCCAAAUUCGGUUUUCGCAAGGUCGAUGGAGUCGAAAUGCGGAAGUUCGUUUUAUUUGGUUGAGAGUGUCGUUGCGAAACCAUUAUGAACCUUCUGUAGAGAAUGCCAUCGAUUUCAUCACUUCACAAGGAAGAAUGAAAUAUAUUCGUCCUAUUUACAAGGACCUUUAUUAUAUUUAUCCCCGAGGCGACUUGGCUUUAAAGACAUUUGAAGAGAAUCGUCAUCGUUAUCAUAGUAUUGCAGUAAAGUUGAUUGCAAGAGACUUGGAGUUGAUAGAGAAUUGAUUAUUUGGACUACGAUAUAGGGUGUCUUCUGUGUUUGUGUGUGUAUAGAAAAAAUGUUGUGAGAAAAAGAGAGACAAAA